CUCAAGGUUUCUACACUCAAUUAUCUUGUCAUCACCCCAUUCUUUAAGGUUCAAAUUGUUUGCUAUCUGCAUUUUUCUUCCAGUUCAUAAAUAGUACCUACUUACCGUUUCCUUCCUACGUACCCUUCCCUGACCGAGUAUCAUUCAUAAUAUGUCUUCUCUUUUUUCUCAAAUGGAGAGAGCAAGAUCAUUUCUUCAGUCUCCCACUUAUGGAAACCUCGUCACUGUUCUUAGCAUUGACGGAGGUGGUAUCCGAGGGAUUAUCCCCGGAACUAUACUCAGCUUCCUGGAGUCUGAGCUUCAGAAGCUGGAUGGUGAAGGUGCAAGGCUAGCAGAUUACUUUGAUGUGAUUGCAGGGACUAGCACAGGUGGCCUCGUGACUGCCAUGCUUACUACUCCAGAUGAACAUGAUCGUCCCUUGUUCUCUGCUAAAGAUAUUAACGCUUUCUAUCUCGAACACUGCCCGAAAAUCUUCCCCCAGGACAGCGCUCCACUAUUUGGUAAGGCCGUGGAUAUGGUAAAAGCUAUGACAGGACCAAAGUAUGAUGGGAAGUAUCUACAUAAGAUAGUGAAGGAAAAAUUAGGAGACAAACGAUUGAACGACACAUUGACUAACGUUGUAAUCCCAACUUUUGAUAUAAAGCGGCUCCAACCAACCAUCUUCUCCAGCUAUGAGGCCAAGAAGAACAGUAGCAUAGAUGCUUUACUCUCGGACAUAUGCAUUGCAACUUCAGCAGCCCCAACUUAUCUUCCAGCACAUCAUUUUGAAACAAAAACUUCCACUGGUGAAACAAGAGAAUUCGAUCUCAUUGAUGGUGCUGUCGCUGCUAAUAACCCGGCUUUGGUUGCUAUAGGCGAAGUGACGAGGGAAGUCCACCAGGGAAAUUCCGACUUCAGCUUUUCCAUGAGACCAACUGAUUAUGGUCGGUUCUUAGUUGUAUCGUUGGGUACUGGUUCAGCAAAAUGUGAGGAGAAGUACCAUGCCAAUGACGUAGCUAAAUGGGGUCUUGUGGCAUGGUUGACCAGCGGAGGUUCUUGUCCACUGGUCGAUGUAUUUACCCAAGCCAGUAGUGACAUGGUAGAUUUUCACCUUGCCACUGUUUUCCAAGCUCUUAACUGUGAGAAAAGUUAUCUCCGAAUUCAGGAUGAUACAUUGGAGAAGACAGUGUCUUCAGUGGACAUUGCUACGGAGGAAAACUUGAAUAAUCUUAUAAAAGUCGGAGAGAAAUUGCUGAAAAAGCCUGUUUCUAGGGUGAAUUUGGAUACCGGUGUAUUUGAACCAGCCCAUCAAUCUACAAAUGAAGAGGCUCUCGUAAGGAUUGCUGGAAUUCUGUCUAGGGAGAGGAAAGUCCGUGAAAUGAGAUCACCACAUGGAAAGGGCGCCGUAACCAGCUCCAACUGAUGAUCACAACUCAGCCUGCUUUCUUUCUCACAAACACUUGUUAUUCCCUUCAACAAAAUUCUUUUUUUGUUUUUGGAAAAUUAGUUAAUAAAUACAUUUUUAGUUUUUAAAAAAAAAUGACACUAUAUAGAAAAAUAGUUAACCAUACGGUGAAAUUAGUGCUAAACUCUUGUAAUUCAGUGCUGAAAUUCAUUAUUUUCUCUCCCAAUAAAGACCACUCAACUUGUUGGUUUUGAUUAUUUUUCA